GCCCACCUCCAUGCCAAACACAAGAGCUAAGUCUUUCUCUUCUUAUCACCUUCCCUCGCCCGGAACCCCUCGACCACCUUCCUCAACCACAUCCCUCGACUGCACAAGCUCUUCCUCGAUCCAUCACCUGUGUUGUUGGAGGCCACCACUUGUACUUACCUGAGGAGGAGGAAGAAGAAGAAGAAGAAGAUGGACGGUGGAGCGGACUACAUGGACACAGAUAGCCUCAAGGCGACAGAGCUGACGCUCGGGCUGCCCGGCGGCAGGCCACAGGUGGUUGGCUGGCCGCCGAUCCGGUCGUACAGGAAGAACACCUUAAAGGCGACGAAGGCGGCGGCCGAGGCGGGCGGGCUCUUCGUGAAGGUCAGCAUGGACGGAGCUCCUUACUUGAGGAAGAUCGAUCUCGCGGCCUACAAGGGGUAUGAGGAGCUGAGAAAAGCGUUGGAGGACAUGUUCAAGUGCUUCGAAGGUGGCAAAGGAUCCGAGUACGCCAUCACCUAUGAAGACAAGGAUGGAGACCUGAUGCUGGUUGGAGACGUUCCAUGGGGGAUGUUCACAUCAUAUUGCAAAAAGCUGAGGAUAAUAACCAAGAGGAUCUGAAGACAAUCUUGGGUUUCUUAAGCACGAGGAGGGAAUCUUGUAAUCUACAUAGGGUUAUGCUUCCAUGUUGCCUUGCAAAUGUACAAAAGAUACUCACAAGUUAUGUUGUGGUCAGCAUAGGAUUAUGAUUCCAUGUUCAUCUUACCUUCAAAUGUUCCAAAACAUCAAAAGUUGGAGGACACUGAAAAUGAGAGAAGUCUUGUUCUUGAUAGUUUACAGGGAGAGGAAGAUGGCUGACAAGAUCCAAGAACAGACAUCAUCUUCCAGGGGUGGAAGAAAGAAACAGCAGUACAAGUCCCCACACCUCACAUGUCAGGAACAAGCAUGAGGGGAUUGAAUUCCAUCACCUUAUCAGCAACCAACAGGACACUUGUAUCCUUGGAUAGGGAAAUCUCAGUGCCAGAUGAACAGACAAUUUUACAUGGUGGGUCAGCACCACCAAUCAGUGCACAUCUUAAUUAUUGAGUGAAAUGAUUUUGAUUGA